AUGGUAGACUUGUUUCUGGGGAAGGUUUUGGUGAAAAACAACAAGGACCGGGAUGAGCUGGACACAGAGCGCGAGAUCAUCCUGCGGCUCCAGAACCGAAUUCUCAUGCUGUUCUUCGGCUCCGGCGAGAGCGAGAAGUGUCAGGAUUUCGCACCGACGCUGAAAGAUUUCUAUAAAAAGCUAACGGAUGAGUUUUACGUGGAGCGUUCGGCUCAGCUGGUGCUGCUGUACAUCUCGCUGGACUCGUCAGAAGAGCAGCAGGAGAAGUUCCUAAAGGAGCUGCCCAAACGCUGCCUGUUCCUGCCCUACGAGGACCCCUACAGGCAGGAGCUGGGUGUGAUGUUCGAGGUGCGGGAUCUGCCGAGGGUGGUGGUUCUGCGUCCCGACUGCUCGGUUCUCUCUCCUAACGCAGUGUCUGAAAUCUGCACGCUGGGGACCGACUGUUACCGCAACUGGCAGGAGGGAGCGGAGCUUAUCGACAGAAACUUCAUGAUGAACGAGGAGUUCGAUGAGGGAAAGAUGCGCAGCAUGACCGACCCCAUCAGAAGAAUCAAAUAUAAGGUGGAGGAUGAGAAGAAGAAGAAGAAAAAGAAGGAUGAUGAUGACGAUGAGGAAGGUGGAGGAGGAGGAGGACCCUGGGGCUGA